UUCAGUCUUAUAUGAGUUCCACCGGAUCAAGUAAAGAAAUACCAAAUCUCUGAAGAAAUGCGAACCCCUGGGGCCCACCAACAGCUAAAAUCAAAUUCCAAUGCCUUUAUUGCCGCGCUUGCCUCCCUAUAAAACUGCUUCAUUCAGAGUCGAUAUGUUUCACGUCAACUGUUGAGGAUUAGUUAGCUUUUCAAGCUCAGGAGAAAAAAAACAAUAUUAGGUGUUAAAAGCAGAGCCUACAGCCUGGUGCUGGAAGGAUCAUACAGAGCUCCUAUAAUUCCCAUUCACUGCCACGCCAGUCCACAAUUCAUUGUGUAAUGGAGAGCGGAGACGUGGUGUUGGGCAUUUUCGACAGUCAUGUGGUAUUGGACAAUGGUAUUGUAAUGGUGACAUUGUCGAAACCAGGAGGAUUUGUAACCGACAUUCAAUAUGGCGGUAUAAACAACUUAAUGGAGACUCUCAAUUUGGAAUCACACAGAGGGUACUGGGAUCUCAACUGGAACGAACCAGGAGGUCCACUGAAAUCUGAUUUGAUUCAGGGAAGAGAAUUUAGUGUGGUGGUGGAGACACCAGACCAGGUGGAGUUGUCGUUUGUUCGAAACUGGGAUGCUCUCUCUUCACCACAAACAGAUAUUCCUCUAAAUAUAGACAUAAGGUAUAUUUUACGUCGAGGGAGUUCUGGAUUCUACGCGUAUGCCAUCUAUCAACACCCAUCGGGAUUUCCUGAUUGCGACCUUGUGCAGACUCGAAUGGUGUUUAGACUAAGCAAGGACAAAUUUCAGUACAUGGCAAUAGCAGACGACAAACAGAGAGUAAUGCCUAUAGAAGAUGAUAGAUCACCAGCGAGAUGCCAAACGCUUGCCUAUCCAGAAGCUGUUCUGCUCACCAAUCCAAAAAACCCAGCGCUUAAGGGCGAGGUAGAUGACAAGUACCAAUAUUCAUUGGAUAAUAAGGAUGGAGGAGUUUAUGGAUGGAUUAGCUUUGAUCCCAUGGUUGGUUUUUGGAUUAUUUUUCCAAGUCAUGAGUUUCGAAAUGGAGGGCCUACAAAGCAGAGUUCAACACUACAUGCAGGACCCAUUUGCCUUGUUAUAUUUCACAGUGCUCAUUAUAUUGGUGACAACUCCUGCAAAUUCCGCAAAGGAGAGGCCUGGAUGAAGGUUUUUGGUCCAUUUUAUGUGCACUUGAAUUCAUCUUCAGAAUUUGUAGAUCCAUUUUUACUCUGGAAUGAUGCAAAGCAGCAGAGGCUUUAUCAAGAACAAAGUUGGCCAUACUAUUUUCCUGCUUCCCCUAAUUUUCUAAAGAAAGAGGAACGAUGUUCUAUCUCUGGAAGGUUUUUAGUUGAUGAUAAGUAA